AUGCGUAAUCAAUCUAUUCUUUCUCUUGCGCUGGUCGCAUUUGCCACUACCUCCCUUGCUGCUCCAGUUUUAGCUGAGCGAGGUAUGCCCAUUGGGGAUCUCCACGCUGCCAUUGUUGCCGCUGGUGUAGAUUUCGAUCAUCUAACUGCACGCGGCCAAGCCGAGUUCACUUCACUCGCUGCCUCUGCGGUUGAAAAAACCGUCGAAACGCGAGAAGAUGCUGCCUCCCUACUUGCUCUCCUCCCAGCAGGACAUGGCUCAUCAAAACGUGAGCCAGAAGAAGAUUCUAAAAGAGCUAAUUCCGCCGCUGAUCUGCUCGCUCUUCUCCCGCCUGGUCAUGAGAAAAGAGCUGAGAGUGCUGCUGCUCUUCUCGCUCUCCUUCCAGCCGGUCAUGGCUCUUCAAAACGUGAGCCAUCGGAGGAGGAAGUCAAGCGAGCCGAGAGUGCUGCUGCUCUUUUAGCCUUACUCCCUGCUGGCCACGGUUCUAGCUAA